AUGGCGGGCUACGGGGAUCCAAGUCAGAAAGUGGACUACGUCUUCAAAGUGGUGCUGAUCGGAGACUCGGCCGUCGGGAAAUCUCAGAUACUCGCUAGAUUCGCGAGGAACGAGUUCAGUCUUGACUCCAAGGCCACGAUCGGCGUUGAGUUCCAGACCAGGACUAUGGUUAUCCAGCACAAGAGCGUCAAGGCUCAGAUCUGGGAUACUGCCGGCCAAGAGCGAUACCGAGCUGUCACGAGUGCAUACUACAGGGGAGCCGUAGGAGCGAUGCUGGUGUACGACAUAACCAAGCGUCAAACCUUUGAUCACAUCCCACGCUGGCUGGAAGAGCUGCGGGGUCAUGCUGACAAGAAUAUAGUCAUCAUACUGAUUGGUAACAAGUGUGAUCUCGAGGAUCAGAGGGCAGUAUCCACGGAGGAUGCCAAGGAGUUUGCCGAGAAGGAAGGCUUGUUCUUCCUGGAAACCUCCGCACUGAAUGCAACCAACGUCGAGAGCGCCUUUGUGACCGUGUUGACAGAGAUCUUCAAUAUCGUGAACAAGAAGAGCCUGGUAGCCGAUGAGAGUCAGAGCAAUGGCAACCCGGGGUCAUUAGCUGGUAAGAAAAUCCUUGUACCUGGCCCCGCACAAGUGAUUCCGGCCAAGAGCAGCAUGUGUUGCACCUCGUCGUGA